UCCGAGGCAACGAGUGCCAGUCAAAACAGCUAAAAGGAAGAUGGCAAGAAUAUUGUUGCUUUUUCUCCCAGGUCUCGUAGCUGUAUGUUCGGGGAGUGGGGUAUUUAUGGACAGACUUGCUUCCAAGAAGCUGUGUGCGGAUGACGAGUGUGUCUAUACUAUUUCUCUGGCUAGAGUCCAAGAAGAUUACAAUGCCCCAGACUGCAGAUUCAUUAACAUUAAAAAAGGGCAGCAGAUCUACAUUUACUCAAAGCUGGUCAAAGAAAACGAAGCUGGAGAAUUCUGGGCUGGCAGUGUCUACGGUGACAAGCAGGCCGAGAUGGGAAUCGUGGGUUAUUUCCCCAGCAGCUUGGUUAAGGAGCAACAUGUGUACCAGGAAGCCACCAAGGAAGUCCCCACCACGGAUAUUGAUUUCUUCUGUGAAUAAGAAACUA